CAUGUUGCUGCUUCAACGGGCUGCGCUCAUCGCGCGCAUGGCGCACGCGGCGUGCACCUAAAUGGCACGCCUUCGCAAUGUUUGGGCUGGGCUACGGCAGCAGCCGGAAACGAAGCCCGGAGCAAGCGCGGAGCAGAAGCAAGCGGAGCAAGUCGCGGCGGAAGGCUGCAGUCUCCGUGAGUGCCUGUACCGAUAGCGCCGAAGAGGCCUCUCGGUAUAGCACUUCAUAUUCCUCAGAGGAGGACCAGCCAAAGAAGACUGGUUGCGGCCCACGAUUGGACAAAGAUGAGGUCCAGCAUUUCAGGUGGACAGCGGGUCUGAAAAUGAAUGCCCGCUACACUGUGCUUGACCUGCUUGGCGAUGGUACCUUUGGCCGAGUCGUCCUUGCGGAAGAUCUAAACAGGAGGCGAAAUGUGGCCAUCAAGGUCAUUCGGAAUGUGGACAAGUACACCCGCAAUGCAAUGCGAGAGGCGGAAAUCCUCAAGGACAUCCGAAAAGCAGAGUCGGGCAGAUCCAGCGGCUGCGUGCGAUUGCACGAGACCUUCUUCCACGAGGCUGAUGGAGAAAGGCUGUUUUGCCUUGUUUGCGAGGUGCUUGGGAUGUCGCUCUAUGACCUUCUGAAGAAGAAUCGCUACCGAGGGCUUUGGGUGCAGGACAUUCAAAGUGUGGCAGACCAGUGCUUGAAGGCAUUACGCUUCCUCCACUUGGACUUGAGUCUGACUCACACAGAUCUCAAGCUUGAAAAUGUGCUUUUUCGGUCCACAGACCUUCCUCAAUCAGCCGCGUUUCCGCGGGAGGCUUUCUGGCAAGCAGCUCAGACUCGGCCCUCGGCUCGCAAUUGCACAACUGAAUAUGUGCGCCCAGUAUCCACCCAGAUCAAGCUGAUUGACUUUGGCAAUGCAACCUACGAGUUGGAGCAUCACUCCUCCAUCAUUAACACCAGGCAGUACCGCGCACCAGAAGUGAUCCUUUCACUGGGUUGGAAUGAGCGGUCAGACUUGUGGUCAGUUGGAUGCAUCGUAGUGGAGCUCUAUACUGGCGAACUCCUGUUCAGGACUCAUGAAAGUCUAGAACAUCUCUCGAUGAUGGAGCAGAGCAUUGAGAGGUUCCCUCAAGCGCUUCUAGAAAGGGCUGGGCAAAGACCAGAUGGCCGAUUCGUGCAGAAGGACCCCAAAGCUUGGCGUUUGCGUUCGCCUGAAGCAGAAUCUGCCAUGAAGGUCAAGCAGCAGAAGGCAUUGCAUAAGCUUGUGCAAAAGGAGCACAUGUCCUUGGCCAACUUCACCGCAUCGCUCCUCAUUCUUGAUCCCGAACGGCGUCCGUCGUCUCAGAUGGCGCUGGAGCACCCGUUCUUAUUUGAGAAAUUCCCGGACUAAUUCAAUCAAGACAAAGAAAUUGUAUGUGCAA